AUGGAUGUGCUCAGCCCCAGACAGGGCAACAACACGACGUCCUCCGAAGGUCCCUUCGGGACAAACGGCAAUGCUACCGGCAUCUCCGACGUGACCUUCAGCUACCAGGUGGUCACCUCCCUGCUGCUGGGCACGCUUAUCUUCAGUGCGGUGCUGGGAAACGCGUGCGUAGUUGCUGCCAUUGCUCUGGAGCGCUCCCUGCAGAACGUGGCCAACUAUCUGAUCGGCUCGCUGGCAGUCACCGACCUCAUGGUGUCGGUGCUCGUGCUGCCCAUGGCCGCGUGGAACCAGGUGCUCAACAAGUGGACGCUGGGACAGGUCACCUGUGACCUGUUCAUUUCCCUCGAUGUGUUGUGUUGCACCUCCUCCAUCCUGCACCUGUGCGCCAUCGCGCUGGACAGGUACUGGGCCAUCACGGACCCCAUCGACUACGUGAACAAGAGGACGCCCCGGCGGGCCGCUGCGCUCAUCUCGCUCACUUGGCUCAUUGGCUUCCUGAUCUCCAUCCCGCCCAUGCUGGGCUGGCGCACCCCCGAAGACCGCUCGGACCCCGACGCGUGUACCAUCAGCAAGGACCACGGCUACACCAUCUACUCCACGUUCGGCGCUUUCUACAUCCCGCUGCUGCUCAUGCUAGUUCUCUAUGGGCGCAUUUUUCGAGCCGCGCGCUUUCGCAUCCGCAAGACCGUCAAGAAGGUGGAGAAGAAGAGAGCGGACACCCGCCUCGGGGCGUCUCCAGCCCUGCCGCCCAGGAGGAGCAUAAACGGAGAGCCAGAGAGCAGAGAAUGGGGGCGGGGCGUGGAGAGUAAGGCCGGGGGCAUUCAGUGCGCCAAUGGAGCUGUGCGACAGGGCGAGGACGGCGCAGCCCUGGAGGUGAUCGAAGUGCACCUGAUGGGCAACUCCAAAGAGCACCUGCCGUUACCCAGUGAGGCGGGCUCUGUCCCCUGUGCUCCCGCCCCCUUAGGGAAUAAAAAUGAGCGCAACGCCGAGGCCAAGCGCAAGAUGGCUCUAGCCCGCGAGAGGAAGACGGUGAAGACCCUGGGCAUCAUCAUGGGCACCUUCAUCCUCUGCUGGCUGCCCUUCUUCAUCGUGGCCCUGGUCCUGCCCUUCUGCGAGAACAGCUGCCACAUGCCCAGUCUGUUGGGCGACAUCAUAAACUGGCUCGGCUACUCCAACUCUCUGCUCAACCCUGUCAUUUACGCCUACUUCAACAAGGACUUCCAAAACGCCUUUAAGAAGAUCGUCAAGUGCAAGUUCUGCCGCGGAUGA